AUGCUCCUUUCUCUUCAACUCCUUUCACGAAACUCUGGCCUCGGCGAGUAUCCAGACAUUACCAGACCAACAACAAAGCAAACUGCUGUUAAGCAAAAUGUCGCCCACCACAUCCUUACGCGAGGACCACCUUGCUCUUCUCGACCCCGGCGCCUUCCACCAGAACAACUGAAGAUCGCUAAAGAUGAGUUUCAACAUAUGUUGGACAAGGGAAUUAUCCACCCCUCCAGUAGUUCUUGGGCCUCUCCACUUCACAUGGUUCCCAAAUCUCAACCCGGAGACUGGCGUCCAUUGGGGGACUAUCGUGGUCUUAAUCGCGUCACCAUACCUGACCAAUACCCCGUUCCACAUAUUCAAGAUUUCUCCGCCAGCCUCCAUGGUAAAACCAUCUUCUCCAAGAUUGACCUCGUUCGAGCUUAUCAUCAAAUCCCUAUGGCUGAAGACGACAUUUGUAAAACCGCAAUUACUACCCCUUUUGGUUUGUUUGAAUUUACCAACAUGCCCUUUGGUCUUCGCAACGCAGUUCAAACCUUCCAACGCUUUAUGGACGAAGUUACUCGUGGCCUCGAUUUCGUUUAUGUGUAUAUUGAUGACAUUCUCAUCGCUAGCACGAACGCCCUCGAACACGAAGUCCAUCUAUAA